UUACCCACUUUUCUCACCACAGUCUGACCAAAUCAUCCAAUUUUCCCACUUUUCCCUCUUUUCCCACAUUUUCCCCACCCACAUUGUGGAUGGUCUUACUAUACUCAAAACAAAUGAUGAAACAAAGUGGCCCCGCGUGUUCAGAGAGGGCGAUAGAAUCUAAAAAGUAGAAGAGAACCAAUCAAAAGGAAGGAAACACAGUAGAUAACCUGUUCCGGACCAUACCAUAUAAACAAAAUCCCAUCUUUCUCUUUGCUCACAAACAACAACAAAAACAAUCAAAUCGUUCUCUCCCUCACAAGUUCCUUCCCCUCUGUUCACCUUCGCAGAAGCAACUUUCUUGUUGGUUUCUCAUUUCCCCCCGUUUCGCGCUGCCACAACCCGAUACCGUAACCGGCCGAGGAUCGCUCUCAGCUCAGGUUCGUCUCUCUGUUCGCUUCCUUCGUUUGCUAUUUUUGAUUCUCUUCGAUUGCUGUUGUUUGUAACCAAUUUUGCUCUGCUGUUGAAUUUGGUAGAAGGGAAGCUCAGAACGGUCUAGGGUUUCAUUUUCAAUUUUUGAUUUGGUUCGGGGGCGAUGGCGUCGAAGCGGAUCUUGAAGGAGCUCAAGGAUCUGCAGAAGGAUCCUCCUACAUCUUGCAGCGCAGGUCCUGUUGCUGAAGACAUGUUCCAUUGGCAAGCAACAAUCAUGGGUCCUCCAGAUAGUCCCUAUUCCGGUGGUGUGUUUCUAGUCAGUAUUCAUUUUCCACCAGACUAUCCAUUCAAACCACCAAAGGUUGCUUUCCGUACUAAGGUCUUUCACCCCAAUAUCAACAGCAACGGUAGCAUUUGCCUUGAUAUUUUGAAGGAGCAAUGGAGCCCUGCACUCACCAUAUCCAAGGUGUUGCUUUCGAUCUGUUCCCUACUGACCGAUCCCAACCCAGACGAUCCAUUGGUACCGGAGAUUGCCCACAUGUACAAGACCGACAGGAGCAAAUACGAGACAACCGCCAGGAGCUGGACUCAGAAGUACGCGAUGGGCUAGCACGAUCUGCCGCGGUGUGCAUUCUCCGGGAAAGGAAAAGCUGUCUUUCCUGUUGUGCCAUUGGGUCAUGAAAGAAAAUUGUUGUGUAUGAAAGUAAAAGUAUGAUAUUGCUGUCUAUCUUAUGAAUGGGACCUUGAAAAAGAAAAUGGUCAAGUCUGUGUAGACAGACUUCUGUCCCCUGUUCUCUCUGAAAUCAAACACAACUGCUUGUUUUUUAAUUGCCUGUCACUAUGAGAAUCUAUCUGUGGAAAAUUUCCUUGAGAAAACAGUUCUGACACAAUCAUACACCUCUUGCUACAAUGUGAAGUUCUGUGAUGACAUUAUUCGUCGGUUCAGCGACAAAAUAAUCUUUGCUGAUUGAAAAUUCGGCGGCAAAACUUGCUCGAUGCAGCUCAGAGACUUCGCAACAAGCUCGUGAUUGCAACAAACUUCGAUGACGCAA